AUGGACAAGAUCCAAAUCAGCAUUGAAAACCGACUUCUCCAGGCCUUUUCUGAAGCGUGCAAAGGCGAUUACUUCUCUGAACAUCGUGAGAGGAUUCGCCCCGGGAUAUCAGUAAAUGAUCAGUGGGAGAGUACUGUAUGGGCAGCACUACAUGUUGAGAUUGUUCAAGCACCAGAAUCACAGAGAGCAGAGGUGGAGCAAAUGCGAAGGGAAUGGUGCAAUGGCCCCAAUACAGCUGACUAUCUCCUGAAGCGCAUGUCUGACCACGUCAAGAAAGUUACAUACGCAGACGAAAAAGACGGGGAUGGUGAUUCGCGCAUCUGGCAGGAUGAGGAUUUGGGAGAAGACGAAAAUCGUCUGGCUUGGUUUCUGUACGAGAAAGAGCGAUUACCCUUCCCCAGCAAAGCCUAUACUGGCCCGAAGCUUCCAAAGCCCAAGUCGAGUGGAGCAAAAGCCCGACCGCGGCCCCAGACGUCAUUCUCGCAAGACAGCUCCCGCCUCCACUCAAGCUGUCCAAACCUCCUCCAUGAUCCAUCAACCAACUCACAACCGCCAGUCCCCAGCACAAAUGGAAACCAGAUCCUCGCGCGCGCGCCUCCGCCGCACGUUCCGCUACCCCGACGACUCGGACACGCCCUCCGCCCUCGACGAACAAGGUCCCUGCCCUCCGCCCCAACCCUCCGCCCCCAGACCAGACCGCAGCUAACGCGCCAGCCGCCAGAGCAAGAAACCCUCAUCGCAGACCUCGCCGCGCAGAACCGCCAGACAAACACCUCCUUCGCCACCGUCCUGCUCGCUCUGCCCGCGCUCUCGACAAUCCCCUACGUGCCGCUCCUCUUGCGCGGGCCGCCAAACCCCGUCAUCGCCGUCCUGUCGCUCACCUCCCUCCUCUCCACGGCCUACAUCCUGUACAAGCUCCCGCCGCCAGAGACCGGCAUCGCACCGCUGGACGCUUGGGUCCAAAGGGGCGACGUCCCUGCCGCGAGCGAGACGAUCCGGCGGCUGAAGAGGGGCGCCGGACCCGACAAGUCCCCGCUGGAGAUGUACUUGCCGUACCUGAACUGCGUGCUGUCCGGUGUGCUGGUCGUGCUGGGCUUGGUGCUUGGCAGAGGGGACGGGAGCUUUGCGUGGAUCGGCAUGGGGAAUCUGCCGGCCAUUGUGUACGGUGUUGUUUUGGUGGCAAAGGUCGUCAUGGGGAGCGUCGACCCUGAAAGAGAGUUGGGCGGUUUGAAGUAUGGGUUUAAAGGCGCUUGA